CAGAGUCUGGGAGCAGUGCAGUUUUCCCCGGACUAUGCUUUGAACAGGUGGGACAUGCAAGGGAGUCGGAUCUGGAAUACCCAGGAAACUUGGUAAUGGCCUGAGCAGCCACAAAAGUGUGACGUAAUAAAUUUUGAACACAGGAGCCAUUUUUCAUUUUAUCUUCAUCGGAGAUUUUAUGUCCCUUUAAGGGCAAAAGUUUUAACAGAUGAACAUUGCCUUCCUGUGAAGAGGUCUGAGAAGAGGAGCAGAAGAGCAGAUGAUCCACAUAUCGGAACAAAGUAGAGCCUGCAGAAAACCUUCUGUCAUCCGAAUCUGCUUUUAAGUGUGAAGUCUUUCCUGUUGAGAGGCUGUAUGUGUGGUGGUGAAGAACACAAAUUCUGGAGUGAAAGUUCAGACUACCAUGCCUGCAGGAAUCUUGCCUGAAAAUGAGGAACUGUAUUCCACUUCGGUGAAUAACAGUGCAUAUGCUGCCAACAUGAAAGGAAAUUCAGGACGUCCAACACCAAAGUACACAAAAGUCGGAGAGCGUUUACGGCAUGUGAUUCCUGGACACAUGGCCUGCUCCAUGGCGUGUGGUGGCAGAGCUUGCAAGUAUGAAAACCCGGCCCGCUGGAGCGAGCAGGAGCAAGCCAUUAAGGGGGUGUACUCAUCGUGGGUCACUGAGAACAUCCUAGCCAUGGCUCGCCCGUCCACUGAGCUCCUCGAGAAGUACCGCCUCAUCGAGCAGUUCCAGAGCCAUGGCAUAAAAACAGUCAUCAACCUGCAGCGCCCUGGUGAACAUGCCAGCUGUGGGAACCCUCUGGAACAAGAAAGUGGCUUCACGUACCUUCCGGAAGCUUUCAUGGAGGCUGGCAUUUAUUUCUACAAUUUUGGAUGGAAGGAUUAUGGUGUAGCAUCGCUCACCACCAUCUUAGAUAUGGUGAAGGUGAUGACAUUUGCCUUACAAGAAGGAAAAGUAGCUGUCCAUUGUCAUGCAGGGCUUGGUCGGACAGGCGUUUUAAUAGCAUGUUACUUAGUUUUUGCAACAAGAAUGACUGCUGACCAAGCAAUUAUAUUUGUUCGGGCAAAGCGACCCAAUUCCAUACAAACUCGAGGACAGCUACUCUGUGUAAGGGAGUUUACUCAGUUUCUGAUUCCUCUUCGCAAUAUAUUCUCUUGCUGUGACCCCAAAGCACACGCUGUUACUUUAGCACAGUAUCUUAUUCGCCAGCGGCAUCUGCUUCAUGGUUAUGAGGCCCGACUUCUGAAACACGUACCCAAAAUUAUCCACCUUGUUUGCAAAUUGCUCCUCGACUUAGCCGAGAACAGGCCAGUGGUGACAGAAGAGGUGGCAGAAGUGCCCAGUCUAUCUGCCGAAAUUGAGAAGACGGUUUCUGAGAUGAUCACCCUGCAGCUGGAUAAAGAGUUGCUGAGGCAGGGCAGCGAUGCAUCAGAUUCCUCCCUGCCCACUGCAGUGCCCACAGAUUUUGAGAAUCAGGAUGUGAUUCUUUCCAGCGAGCAAGAGAUUGACCCUCUUUGGAAGAGACGGAAUGUCGAGUGCCUUCAGCCCCUGACUCAUCUGAAAAGGCGAUUCAGUUGCAGCGACUCAGAUUUAAAGAGGGCUGAGUCGCUUCUGGAGCAGGGGGGAUCUCCAUGGACAGGGCCUGCGCAGGCAUUGCUUGGCCAUCAUCCCGGGCAGCAGAAGCCCAUCAGCCACUGUUACACCCCCCAGUCUCCACAGCUUGAUCCAAGUAAGGAAAAGCUGGUCCGAAAUACAUUCUCUUUCUGGAAUCAGGCUAAAUUUGGAGGCCUGGAAGGACUCAAAGAUGAGGGGUCACCGGUUUUCCAUAGGGAGACGAUUGCAAAGGAAGUACAGCGGAGUAGAACCUUCUCUUCGGGUGUUUCAAGUUCAUACAACCCUAGGGAACCAGUUAUACCGAACCUUGCAGAUAUCCCUACGGAACCAAACUGUUCUCCCCAGCAAGCACCCCGCUAUCAGGAUGGAACUCCUGCUGGUUGCUGCUCCGACACCCCCCGCAGCCCCGUGGACUGUGGUUUCAGCUCCAAAGCACCCUUCUCUGGUGGACGCAUCCAAGCCCAGGACAGCAAAGAUCUGUCUGCAGUUGCUCCACACACUGCUUUGCAGUCUGAAUUGAGUGUCGAAGCCAGGAGAAUACUGGCAGCCAAAGCCCUGGCAAGUUUAAACGAGUUUGCAGAAAAGGAGGAGGUGAAAAGGAAGGUAGAAAUGUGGCAGAAAGAACUAAAUUCCCGAGACGGAGCUUGGGAAAGAAUAUGUGGCGAAAAGGACCCUUUCGUCCUGUGCAGUCUAAUGUGGUCUUGGGUGGAGCAGCUGAAGGAGCCUGUGAUCACCAGAGAGGACGUGGACACGCUGGCUGCCAGCCACGCAGAUGCCACAGAAGCGCUGUUUUUAUUAGAGAAGGGCCAGCACCAGACCAUUCUCUGCGUGUUGCACUGCAUAGUGAGUCUGCAGGCGGUCCCUGCGGACGUGGAGGAAGCCAUCCUCAUCCGUGCCAUUAAAGCCUUCACCAAGGUUAAUUUUGACUCUGAAAAUGGACCACUAGUUUACGACACCCUGAAGAAAAUAUUUAAACACACACUGGAAGAAAACAGGAAAAUGACAAAAGAUGACCUUCAGCCUGGCGUUUAGUGAUGCUUUCCUUGUGGCGGACCCCUCAGACCUAGAGACCCAGAUGGCGUUUCUGCGCACAGAUGAACAGGUUGGAGUGUGGAGCCACUUUGUCUCAUAGCACUUUAUCUCAGACGCUCUUGGUUUGUGCUAAGAACACUCAUUUCUGUUGGGAGCAAUUAUUUAUUUUAAAAUAUCCUCGAGCUACAUUUUUGUGUUGAAAAAUUGCCAUAACGUUGGUGCCACUUUCUUGUAUUUAUUUAACUGAAUUAAUACUGUUGUAUUAAUAUGUUAAGUAUGUGGUGUUUACAUCUUUGUUCUUUUUGACAUUUUGGAAAAAGUUGUGACUCUUCUUUCCCAAACAAAUAUUUUGUCAGUGGAACCCUCCUGGAGUUUUUACCAAAUAGGUAAUUUUAGUAGUAAAACUUCACUGUGGAUCCAUCCCCCUGAUCCAUGACCUAAGGAAGUCACAGAGUGUCUUAAGCAGUUUUGUAUUCGUUAGUAAGAAGACUAUUGAUUUUUUUUUUAAGGAUCUUUUUUUUUAAUUUGCAAAUUUUUUGGUUUUUUUCUUUUUAUAAAUGCAUCAAAGGAUUUCAAAGUAUAUUAUUUCUCAGAGAGAUUUAGUUUUGUGUUGAAGGUUGACUGUGAGGUGGUUGGGAUUUUUUACCACUGGAAGUAGACUUGCUCUUGGUCAGGCUUCCAGACCCCGUGCCGACCUCUGCUGUCACAGGAGGCAGGAACGCUUCUCGGCACGUCCAGCCUGAUGCCCACCAAACAGCGUCUUCACAGAGGAAGCAGGGGCCGUGGUGGGCAAUGUGGGCAGCUGCUCAGAAGCAGGACUCCACAAGGAGGAGCAGAAGGCGGGGGGCAGGCUCCAUGCAGCAGCGUGACCACUGGCCCACACCUCCCACAUCUCCCCUUCUGUGGACCCUGUCAUCUCAGGGCCCUGUCUUCGGCUACUUGUCACUCUGAGAACUAAGAUUCUUAAAUUGAAUGUGAUGCACGUAGGCUGCAAUCAUCCUCUGGGCUCGAGAUAAGAAAUAAAUGAACUAGUUACUGCCUAACUAGUUCUCUGUAGACCAAACUGUCAUUCAGCAGUUGAAGCCGUGAUGAACAUGUGCAGCACCAGAGGCCAGGCCAUACAGAGGGUAAUCAUUUUUCCCAGUAAAUGUGAUAUUCAUCUAACCCAAUUUCACAGUAAGGCUAUGACCUAAUUUUAGAGACGGAAUUUCGGGGAAAGUGAGGCUAACCAUGGAUGAGUCUCCCCGACUCCUGCAUCUCUGAAUCAGGCGCUGGCACAUCAGAAACAUGGUAAUCCUUGUCGGUCUUACAAACUCUGGCUGCAAAUGCUGAAUGUCGUUACCUCCCACACUGUUUAAGUUUUCUUAGGAAACUAGAUCCAGCGAAUUUUAAUGAACUGGCUACACAUUCCUGAAAUUUCUCAUUUUUAAGUGCCUGACCUGGAAAAGAAGGGAAAGAUUACAUUUUAUCCAAAGGUACAUUAUAAAAAUAUGUUUUUUACCCAAAAAGAUGUUUACCGUCAUUUCUGUCGGUCUCACAUGGGCAGGUGCCAGCAGGGCUCAUUGGACAAGUGGCUAUUGGCCUGUGUGUGAGAUGGUCCCGCACAGCCCCAACGUGACCAUGGCAGUGCACCAGACUGAGGAAGAGAGCUGGUGGGAGAAAUAAAUCAGGCUGUCUGCAGGCUUUGUAUGUAUUUGAAUAAAAAUGAAAAGAACAACCCAUAACCCUCGUACACUUUAGCUUGGAGCUCCUGGUGAUACAGGUGUGGUUGGUGAUGGGACGAUCCUGACAGGCAAACUGGGUCAUGGGCUGGACAUCAGUCAGGCUGUGGUCGGUCCCAACUCUGCUGGUCCAGUGUGAGCAGGCGGGGCAGGAGGGGAGAGGAGAAGUCUAGGAGGAGCGGGUGAGGGGAGUCUUAAGGCUGGCGGGGUUCCUGCCUUCCUGCACUUGAGUGGAUGAGGAGUUCUCUGCAGGCCAGAGGAUAGUUCCACUGACCAGAAGAACGUACAGGGUUUUGGGAUUCAGCUCAGUGGAAGUGUGAAGGGCCAAGAGCACACACUCAGAACUGACGGCCGUGGCCAUGCAUGUGCGUUGUCUGGGUUCUUACCAGACCCGGGGAGAAAUAUUAUUCAUACUUGCCUGUUGAAGGAGUCCUAGUUGGACUGACUCCGACUAUGCCCUCCUCCCUCCCCACUGACAGAAUGCCUGGCAGGGACCAUGGGCCUUGUCAGCCCUGGGCUCCAUGGUGGCACCAUAGAGGAUUGCGUUGUUUGUCACUUAGUGAAGUACCCAUCAUCUCUGUCCUCUGGAGCCGGCUGAGCUGCCAUGUCACUGUCAUAUGAUCUCAGCGUAUCUCACUUAGGAAGUGCAGGAUUUCCGGCCACUUACCAGUUUUCCUUCUAUCCGAGAGCUCGCUGAUGCCCACUGCACCGAAGUGCUGCUGGUUUUGAGAUUGCUUUAUCUGUGUGCAGAACUCAGAAACACCCUGUAAUGUGCUUAGUCGUGUCUUCAGCCAGCUCCCCAGUCUUAUCUCAGGAAGAGCACGUGCUUUCAUCA